CCCGUCCGUCGCUUCAGCUACUGUAGCUACCACAGUACACAUCCAUACGCUCCUCCUGAGGAACGAUCUCUAGAGCGGGUCCAGAUCGGCGAUAGGCCUCUCACCUUGCAGCCAUGUGCAGUCCCAGUCGUCAAACUCCGUGACACCAUCUCUGGCCGAACCCGUAACGUUGAUGCGACCAUGACCGCAAAGACGGUUCAGGAACGUGCAAAGCUGCGACCGCCGCCCCUUCAGACGUCUUCUCUCAGCCAGCCUGCUCCAGCAGGGGCGGCAUUGUUCCCGCCACAUCCACCGAUGCCUGGUCAAGUGGAGAGAUAUCCGGAACUGGACGAGAGCGCGACACAGGAACCUAAGUCUGGUCAACAGCGCUUCGUACUCACAGACCCGGUCGCAUUCAGGUAUCUGGAAGAGGAUGCUUCGACUACACUUGUCGAUCGCCGAGCAGAUCUUCGAGGCUAUGAGUGCUGGAUCGUUGAGCAAUGGACCACUUCUCGCAUGCAUCCGACUUUCAUGAUCACAACAUACACAGGCGACCCCUCUCACACUGUCAAAGUGGGUGUUCUAAGUGUACCAACGGACGAGUCUACAUGGUCUUCCAGAUUGCGAGUAUACUUCAAAGCCCUGAACCAAUUUCAUGCCAAGCGGCGUGAGACACCUCUCGGCAUCUUGAUGGUCACCAAUCUCACUGGCUUCCCUUCAUCGCUGGCUGUGAUACCAGUUCCAGACGGCGAUGUAGGCAAGCACAGGUUCGACUUCUUUGUGAACGAAGACCUCAAAAGGCUCGGCUGCUCAGGUCGUGUCGGUCUGUCACUUUCGCAGCCUGCAGCUUCCACUGUAGUCAAGUUCCAUCAGUUGUACAGGACUAGCGACAAGAAUGACAUCUACAAAUCAGUCAUCGAGCUGGUCAAGCUGUGCCAAAGCGCACUGACUUUGUUCGACAAGCUGGAGAUUGACUACGCAGAUGGCCUACUAUGCGACGUCACAGAGCGUGCAAUUAAUGACUGGUGGGUGGAGAUGGGCAGCGAUCACUAUAAUGUAGAACCGCACGAUGGAAUCCUAGGCCCUACAACUGUCUCCGGGCUGCUAGGCAUGCUCAUGGGUGCUAGGAAUAGAUUGCACGCCAUGAGUGCGCCUGUCUCGAAGGACCCUUUUGACAUAGUGACUAUGAAAAAGGCCAUCAGUGCUUUCCAGAAACAGCAGAGGUUGCCUCGCACACGUCGGCUGGACCGACGGACCAUGAAUAGGCUGCACAAGGCAACACAGAAGGCUGCCGACAAAGUGCAUUGGACUAUGCCGAGAGCCGUGAAGUCGACAGUAGCUGAACUCAGUGGGAAAGGUGGUGAUCUCCACGAUGGCCUGGGACGGCGUGAUCGCGCGGGCAUUGCCGAGAUUGAGACCGUGGAUAUUGAACGGUUUGUGCAGCUGGUUUACGGUGACCGGUGUAAAUGGUUGUGGCUUGGUAAACCACCCAAGAAGCACAAAACUAGCGAUGCUGCCGAUCGCGCGUCGCAAGACGUACAAGAAGCUCCACAAUUCAGUAAAGGACUUGUCUUUAGAUCUGACGAGCAUGGAGGCUUCACAUGGACUGCAGGUCGCAAAGGUACGGUGGAUGGCAGUGAACCGCAGAGACGAGACAUGGAGCACGAGCAGCAAGGCGACUCUGGCGCACCCGCUCUGUCGGAUGAAGGCGAAGAAAGCGACAAAGAUGGUCAGCAUCCAGUCUUUAAGCGUGCAUCGACCAUUAAGAACGAUGCCAAAAGUGGCUUGAGUAAGGUCAAAGAUGCCGUAGGGUUUCGUGGUCACAAGUCAAAGCCUUCGAUAGACGACCCUGCAGCUCUGUCGCCAAUUGAACAGAGAGGCAAUAAGCGACCGUUGCUCAGCCGAUCGCGCACAAGCCCAGUCAGCAGCCCCAGCAGUCUCAACCUCUCGUCUAGAGAUCCGUCCAGACAGGUCUCCGCAAAGUCUGCUGCUGAGCAGAGCAGCCGACUCAACACAGCCUUGAGUGGGAGCGCUUCUGGACUUGAGGACUACCCGGAAUCGCUAACUGAAGUGUCUGGCCCGCAGGUUACCUCAGAGCAAGGUCUUCGAGGCCCAAAGGAUGCCGCAUCAAGCAAGACUGCCACGAAUGAUACUGGCCAUCAGCAACAUACCAGGGACAACUCGAGCGCGACCUCGGGGACAGCGGAGCUACCAUCUAUCGCGGGAUCAGUGUAUAAUGGCGUUGACUUGAGCGAGGUCCUGCCUGAAAAGGUCGAGACAGAAACCGAUGUUCCUCAGCUCUUGCGCCGUACGACCUCGUAUUCCCAGUUUGUGACGACAGAGCUCCAGCCUCAUGAUGAGCAUGCGCAUCCGCGACAAUUGAGUUUCAGCUUGGCAGAAGACAGCGUGUUGUCUUGGGAUCCUCUACCUGAAGACGAGUAUGAUCCCUUCGCUUCCUUGGAAGCGCAGCUCGCAGAGCAGGAACAUAUUGCCAACGACGCCAAGAGGCUGCGCAGCGUCAUCACGGCGCUGCAGACUGAGACGGCUCCUUGGACACAGGCUGAGCUACAGAAGCUGUUCACUAUCCUCAAUCAAGCAGAUCGUGACCAGGAAGCGCUCGAUCACAUGUACCUGCCACAUCUGCAGACUGUGCGCGAGCUUCAGGGGCAUUCAGGCGGCCUUCUCAGAGAGGAGAAGGAGCGUCUGGAGGAUGGCGUCAAAGAGAUCGAGGCCUUUGCCGCGAAGCUCGAAUACGAGGUUGAUGCACUGAAGAGUAAAGUGGAAGAUGUCACGGCUGCUGUCAAGGACUACGAAACAGGCGUAAUGCGAAUUGAAGAGAGAGUCACGGAACUCGAGAGGGAAGCUGAGGUCAGUGAUGGCUGGAAGUGCAUUAUGCAAUAAGGUAGGUAAUGGUAGUAGCAGGUUAGUAAUAAUGUUUAUAUACUAAGA